AUGGGGGCUUCAAGAACAUUGGUAGCUCAUUGUGAAUCCCUAGAUGAUGACCUCGGAAUUCGAGACAUUUCAGCUGGGAAUGAAUUCAAUUGGAGUUUCAGAGAGAACCUCUCUGGAAGUACGUUGUACUGGUGCGACAUGCACAACGACCACCAGUACGCUUCCUUUAAGGUGUUUUGGCCAGAGAGUAACCACAGUUGGCUUCGCUACAGAUGCAACUAUAAAGAGUGCUUUUGGAUUGCUAAAGAUGAUGGGAUUUAUCUACGAGUCAUUCUUGAAAGUCGUGACGAGUUUCAGCUUAAAUGGGAACCAGGGUGGUAA